AAUAUAAAAACAAAAUUCAAACUUUUCGACGAAUUGCGCAAUCUUUUCUUUAAAGUUAAUAAAUAUUGAGAAAAAUUUUAUGUCGAUACAAUAUGUAAGCAAUAUUAUAAUAACAGAUCACGAUAUUGUCGCCCCUGCUCGUGUUAAUUAAUGCUAUCUAAGAUCUUCAUUACAUUUUAUCUUUAGAAAGGGUUUGAAGUCACCCCACAAACAUUGCGAAUGAAUCAUAGUACAAUUCAUAGUAAAUUUUUCCUUAUAGCGGUAAAAACGUUCAAAACACGAGGAAAAUAUUUUUCUAUACCACACAUUCUUACUAAUAUUAUAAAUGUGAAGGUUUAUGAUGUUUGAAUGUUUAUAUUAGAAGUGAAAGCAAAGGCUGAAUAAAUUGGGAUGUAAUUUGGCACCCGGAUAUAUCAUAAUCAUAAACAUAUAUAGGUUAAUUGUGUGUUGUAUAUAUGCAAAUAUUUACGAUCCAACAAAGGUAUCUCACACGGGCGAAGCCGCGACACCAAAUACUAAAUUGCAAUAUCAUCGGAACAAAACAAAACCUCACUAAAAUGAUAGCAUAAUAAUAUACAAAUGCAUUUAUUAUGAACUAAUUUUAUCGAAACCGCGUGAUAUUUACCAUUCAAAUGCGGUUAGCGAAAUUACUAAGUUAGCAAAACCACUACAUUGCAUAAAAUUGUGAAUUAGUUCAACUUCAUUGUUUAAUCACAGGUAUGACGGCUAAUUACAUUGAGUAUUAACAUCUGGCUCAGUAAUGACAUAUUUGAAGUGAUAAUUAAUUUGAAUUUUAAUUAAAACUAAACUGGUUGCACCCCUCAGUUAGUCCACGCUACCGUUCGUGUUCGGUCGACACGAUGUCUUCGGAAGAUAUAAUCCAAACUGCGUUGCAUAUAGUGAAUAUUAUAUACUCUGUCUUCGGAACUAUCAUUGCUGCGACUGGAAUCUGGUUCUUCGUGGAACUCUCAGAACUCAUCAGCUUGAGGAACAGCAACCACUAUCUCUUGGACUACCGAGUCUAUUGGCCCCAAGUGGUGCCAUGGCUCUUCAUUCUCUAUGGAGUUUUCGUGAUGCUGACAGCCGUGUGUGGUUGGUGUGGAGCUAAUAAAGAAAGCCGAGGGUUGCUCGGAAUCCACGGAGUUUUUCUUCUCUUCAUUGUUAUUGGACAAUUAAUAGCUGCAACUUUAAUCUUUGUUUACGUCGAUGGAGAAGCCACUGAUAAUUUCAUAACUGAUACGGUAUAUGAUGGAUAUCAUAAUACGGAAUCCAAUACCGAAGCCUUAGAGGCUUUUGGAAGAUUCGAGAGGAAAUUGCGAUGCUGUGGAGCGAAUGGCGCAAGAGACUAUAAGAGCUGGAGGAAUGAUCUUCCUUUAAGCUGUUGUCUAGAUAGUCAGAGCAUUUGUGAGUUUACUGAUAAAGAAGCAAACGAAAGACUUGGAUGUGCGAAGGUGGCUUCUGUAUACACUAAGAUCAUCAGUUCUUCUGUCGCUGGAGCGUCUCUACUGUUCUCUCUGGUGGAAAUUGUGGGAUUAGUGUUGGCUUGGAGGUUGUUUGACUCUUUGAAAGAAGUGGAGCAUUAUAUUCAGGACGAGAUGGCGGGCGAAACUGAGUGUUAAUGUUAGUGACAAUUACGGAUAAGUGAUAAGUUAAUUACUUAAUUGUUUAAGGUAAAGUAAUUAUACACUAAACAUUGGUGACUCAAGUUUUUGAAGGUUAUUAA